AUGACCGACCGCUACGCCGGUCGGUGGGUCGCCGUGACCGGCGGCGCCGGGUUCAUCGGCGGCCACCUCUGCGAGCGGCUCCUCGAGAUCGGCGCCAAGGUCUCCAUCAUCGACGACCUCUCCGGCUCCGACGGGUCGAACGUCGACCGCCUGAUCCAGCAGCACGGCGGCGGUCGCGUGCGGUUCGUGUACGGCUCGAUCCUCGAGCCCGCCGCGCUGGACGACGCCGUGCAGGACGCGGACUACAUCUUCCACCUCGCCGCGAUGGGCUCCGUCCCGCGCUCGCUCAUCGAGCCGGAGCGCUGCCUGCAGGUGAACACCAUCGGCACCAUGCGCGUCGCGCAGGCGGCGCGCAAGGCGUCGGUCAACCGCUGGGUCUUCGCCGCGUCGAGCAGCGCCUACGGCAACGACCCCACGCUCCCCAAAAAGGAAAACCAGGCGCUCCUGCCCGUCUCACCCUACGCCGCGAGCAAGCUCGCGGGCGAGUUCAUCGUCCGCACGUGGAGCGCGAGCUUCGGCCUCCCGGGCGUGAGCCUGCGGUACUUCAACGUCUUCGGCUCACGCCAGCGCGCCGACAACCAGUACGCCGCCGUCGUCGCCUCCUUCAUGCACCGCAUCUGCCGCGGCGAGCGACCGAUCAUCUACGGCGACGGCGAGCAGUCCCGCGACUUCACCCAUGUCUCCAACGCCGUCAACGGCACCCUCCUCGCCGGCGCCUGCAAGGGCAACUUCACGGGCCAGGCCAUCAACCUCGGCACGGGCCGGCAGACGACGGUCAACGAGCUCGCCCGCGCCAUCGCUCAGGCGUUCGACCGCGAGGACCUCACCCCCGAGCACGAGGACCCGCGCCAGGGCGACGUGCCGCACUCCGUCGCGGACAUCGCCCUCGCCGGCAAGCUCCUGGGCUACGCGCCGAUCACCACGCUCGAAGAGGGCCUCGCCGAGACCAUCGCGUGGCUCACGAAAAACGACUCGGGCUGCGACCAGACGCCGAGCACCGAGCCCAGUCUCUCGGCCGGCUGGCUCAUCGGCGCCGCCGUCGCGUCGAGCGCGCCGAUCCUCGCGCACCUGCUCCGCCGCCGCCCGCGCCGCACGGUCGCCCUGCCCACCGCGCGGUUCCUCGCGCACCUGGAGCGCGAAUCCGCCCGCGGGAGGCGCGUCCGCGAGCGCCUCACCCUCGCCUGCCGCUGCCUCGCGCUGCUCCUGCUCGGCCUCGCCUUCGCGACGCCCGAAUGGACGAGCCGCAACGCCGCGGAAGUCACCGGCGAGCGCACGGUCUUCGUCCUCGACGCUUCCGCCUCCAUGCGCCGCACCGAGGACGGCCGCACGCUCUUCGCCCGCGCGCACGACAUGAUCGAAGCUGACGUGCGCGAGAACCCGGGGCGUGAAUUCGGCGUCGUCGUCGCGCGCCGGUCACCCGUCGCGCUCCUCCCGCGCCUCACGACGAACACCCCCGCGCUGCUCGAAGCGCUCGCGAGCGCGGGCCCGACCUUCGAGCACGCGUCGCUGCGCGAGGCGAUGGCGCUGGCCGCGUCCCUCCCGGAUUCCACGGGCCGCGCCUCGCCGCGCCGCAUCGUCCUCGUGACGGACGCCGCGCGGGACGCCUUCGAGGGCGUCGCGACCGGCGAGUUCAUCGGCGCGGAGAUCCGGCGCGUCUCGCGGGACGCCGAGCCCACGAACCGCGCCGUGCUCGCACCGUCCGUCUCCCCCGCGCGCCCCGUCGAGGGCUCGGAGAUAACCCUCGCCUUCACCCUCGCGAACCACCACCCUGAACCCGCGAGCCUCCCCGUCGCCAUCCGCACUCCCCGCGGCGUGCACACGGAGACGAUCGAUGUCGACGCCUGGUCGACGCGCGCCGUCGAGCUCCAGACCGCCGGCCUGCCCGCCGGGGCGCACGAGCUCGAACUCUCGAUCCCGGCCGACGCCACGCCCGCAGACGAUACGGCCCGCAUCGUCGCCAUCAUCGACGCGUCCCACCGCGUCGGCGUGCUCACGCGCCACGAUUCGCCGCUCCGCGCGCCGCUCCUCGCGUCGGUCGAUCACGGGACGCCCGCGAGCGUCGAUACGCUCGGAGACCCGAGCGCCCUGCUCAUCGCGGCCCCCGGCGCCCUCCCGGACGAGGCGCUCGACACGAUCGCCUCGCGCCUGCGCGACGGCCUUUCCGUUCUGUGGAUCGUGAACAACGCCGAAUCGGCCGACCUGCUCCUCCGACUCCCCCCGCCCGAGCCCGACGCGCCGCUCUUCGCGUCGAUCGAGCGGUCCUCCGCGCCCGACGAGGCCCGCCUCGCGGACCCCGACCGCGUCCUCGGCCGGCGCGUCCACCCGGCGCUCGACGCCGCGCUCCGCGCCGUCCCCUUCGCGACCCGCUUCGAGAUCGAGCCGGCGAGCGCCGCGGAGGUCGCGUCGAGCUUCACGGACGGCGCACCCUUCCUCUUCCGCCUCCCCUACGGACGCGGCUCGCUCACCAUCCUCGCCGCGGAUAUCGCGCCCGAAUCGUCCCCGCUCCUCCGCACGCCCGUGUUCCCGCUGCUCGUCAGCGCCGUCGCGGGCACGCCCGACACGUCGACCUCGCGCGCCGCGCUCACGGUGGGCGCGCCGUCGGGUGUCGAACAGCUCGACAUCUCUCCCGACGAGCCAGCCGCUCGGCUCGUCUCGGACGACACCGGCCGCGCGAUCGACGGGCGCGCCUGGAACAUCGACCCGCGCGAGGCCGACCCGCGCCCUAUCGACGAGCACGCCGAAGAGGCGCUCUUCGCCGGCGCCGGCACCAUCGCCGGCGAGACCGCGACCGCCACAACCGAGCACAAGACGCCCCUCUGGCCCUGGCUCGCGCUCGCGUCGCUCGUGCUGCUGGGCCGCGGCAUGACCGGCCCGUACGCCCUCGACCCCGCCGUCCCGCCCGUCUACCUCGCGUUGGCGCUGGUGAUCCUCGUUGCGCUCGCGUGGCGGAGCGGCCGCGCCCGUUUCGCGCUGCUUCGGGUCGCGCCGCUGGCGCUCAUCGCCCUCGUGCUCCUCGGGCCCGUCACGAUCCGGGAAUUGCCGGACGAGCGCCGCACGCCCGCGCUGGCCCUGCUCGUCGACCGCUCGCGUUCGAUGGCGACGCCCGACGCGUCGCUCAGCCAGGACGGGAUGAUCCCUCGCCUGCGCGCCGUCGAACGCGCGUACCUCGAGCCCAACACGCUUCAGCGUCUGAGCGAGCUCGCGGACGUCCGCCCCGUCGCCUUCGCGUCCGAGUCCCGCGCGAUCACCGGCUGGUCCGACCGCGCGAUCGAGCUCCGGCCCGACGGCGACGCGACGGACCUCCACGCCGCCCUCGCCCGCACGCUCGCCGACCUGCCCGAGGGCUCGACGGUGCUCGUCCUGAGCGACGGCCGCUCGACCUCGCCCCGACGCGACCUGAACGAGCUCGUCGGCCUCGCCCGCGCGUCGAGCGUGCGCGUCCACGCCGUGCCCGUCGGCGAGCCCGCCUCCGCGACGGACGCCCGCCUCCGCGCCGCGCCCGCGCGCGACCUCGUCUUCGAGUCGAUGCCCGUGGACAUCGACGUCUCGCUCGACCAGACCGGCUACGACGGCCGCCGCGCGACCGUCUGCGUCCUCGACGAGACCGGCGAAACCACCCUCGCCACGCGCACCGUCACGCUCGAUGCGCGCACCGACCUGUCGAUCUCCGUCCCGGGCAUCGACCUGCCCCUGGGCGCCGGCACGAGCGGCGUCCGCGAGCUGCGCGUCCGCCUCGACCCGCUCGCCGGAGAGGCGGACGAGUCGAACAACGAGCGACGCGUCUUCGUCCGCGUCACGGGCGAGCGCAUCCGCGUCGCGCUGCUCGAGGGCGCCCCGUCGUGGGAGUCCCGAUUCCUGGCGCGCUCCCUCGCGAAAGACCCGCAGGUCGAGCUCACAACCGUCACCGGCGUCGGCACCGCCGAGACCCGGCGCGACGGGCAACGCGUCACCUCGCCCCGCCGCAUUGUUCGCCUCCCGGGCGCCGCCGGCGAGAUCCAGGCCGACGCGUACGCCUCCGACCGCGUGAUCGAGCGAGCGCUCGCGGAGUCGGACAUCACCGUCCUCGGCGCGCAGAUCGAAUCGAUCCUCACGCCCGAGCUCGCGACGCGCCUCGCGAACCGCACGAUCAACGAAGGCGGCGCGGUCGUCUUCCUGCGCACGCCCCCCGCCCCGCUCGACUCGCCCGUCGCCGAGGCCCUCGACCCGAUCGCGCCCAUCACCUGGACGGACGCCAUCGAGACCGGCGGCUCGCUCAUGCCCUCCCCCGGCGCGGACGCGGUCCCCCCCGUCGGCACGCUCGCCGGGACGGGCGGCGAGGGGAGCGCCGCGAUCACCGAGCUUCCCGGAAUGCGCGCCGUCACGCGGAGCGAGGGCGAGCGGAGCAUCACCACCCUCUGGCUCACGGACACGUCCGCCGAGGGCGAGGCCCGCGCCGCGCUCGCGCACGCGCGCGUCGGGCGCGGGCAGUCGCUCGCACUGCUCUCCGAGGGCCUCUGGCGCUGGGCGCUCACGCCGGAAUCGCUCGACGCGCACGAUUCGGUCUACCGCGAAUUCUGGGCGCGCACCGCCCGCUGGCUCGCGCUGGGCGGCGACUUCCUCCCGGGCCAGGGCGUCAGCUUCCGCGCCGACCGCACCCUCCUGAGCCCGGGCGAGCGCGUGAGCGUCACCGUCCGCGCGCGCACGCGCGACGAUCUGCUCGCCGUCGAGCGCCUCGAGCACGCACCGCCCCGGGGAGCGCCCGCGGGCGUCCGCCUCCGAGAGGACGCAUCGGACACCAACGCCCUCCGCGCCUCCGUCUCCCCGACCGAGCAGGGCGUGCACGAGCUGCACCUCCACGAAUCAAGCGGCGGCGUGCGAACGAUCCGCUUUGCCGUCCACGACGACUCGGACGAGCUCCGCGACGUCUCGCCCGACGAAGAGCUGCUGAGAACACUCGCUGAGGGCACCGGCGGGGAGGUCCUGCCCCUGAACGGACGCGACCGCCUCAUCAAGCUCCUCGAGCAGGACCGACGCGCCCGCGCGACCGAGGAUGGACUCGUGAGCGAUCACCUCAGAGCCAUCCGACGAGCCCGCGCCGCCAUCGGCGCGUCGCGAUUCCUCGCCCGCGCCGCGGAUGCCGUGUCCUGUGCGCUCGCGCUCGCGAUGGUCCUCGCCGCGGUCGACGCCACCUCCCCGCUCGCCCCCGCCGCCCGGCUCGCGCUGGGUGUCGCCUCGCUCCUCGUGUUAGUCGCGCUGCUCGCGCGUGCAGCGAGCGCGUCCCGGUGCACCCUCAACGCCGCGGCAUCCCGCCUCGAAGCCGCCCUGGGCCUGUCCCGCAACACCCUCGUCAACGCUUUGCAGCUCGCGCACGCCGAGACGACGAGCGCUGUCGGCGCCGACCGCGUCCGCUACGCGACCCGCCAGGCGGACGACACCGUGAAUUCUGCGCCGAAUGCGAGCGUUCUCGAUCGCGACGCCCUGCUCGCCCCCUUCGCGCGAUUCGUGGUCCUGGGCGCGGUGUUCGCGAUCUUCCUGACGAUCGCCCCCCGCGUCGCGCACAGCGCCUGGCUCCGCUUCACCGAGCCCUUCGCGGGUCACCCGCCGUACUCCCGAACGGCGUUCGAGAUCGAGAUCACGCCCGACCCGCUCCUCGUCACGAUGGACGCGGUAGUCACCGCGCGCACGAGCCUCGUGAUCCCGGAGACGCUCGAUUUCGUCAACGAAUCCACCGGCGAACGCUUCGCGAUGAUGACGGAAGGCGAUGGCGUGUUCAUAGCGACGCUCGAGCGCCUCACCGAGCCCGUCAUGUUUCAUGCCGACGGCCCGACCGGUCGCUCGCGCUCGUUCACGAUCACCCCGAUCGACCGCCCGUUCAUCGAGCGCGCCAGCGCCCGCGUCCUCGUCAGCGGCGAGCAGAUCGCGAGCGUCGAAAUUGACCUCGACGCCGACCCGCCGACGCUCACGCCCCCGCUCGGCGCGACGAUCGAGUUGGUCGUGCUCACGAACACGGAACUCGCCCCGCCGGACGCGACGCCGGGCGUCGAAUACGAACUCACCGGCACGCGGACCGUCGCGCGCUCCACCGUCUCGACGGCGGAGCACUUCACGCUCUCCCUCACGCCCGUGAGCCGGAGCGGACUCCAGUCGGCCGACACCGCCGCCGUGCUCAUCCGGCCCGUCGCGCCGCCGCCGGGUCAGACGCCGGGCCAGGCCGCGACGACAGCCUCGCCGGACGCCAGCGAACCGAACAGCCAGCAGCCCGGCCCGGUCGAACAAGCACUCGAGCAGAUCCGCGCACAAAUCGAGCAGAUGACCGACGAGCAGCUCGCCGAGCAGGCCCAGGAACUGACGCGUCAGAUCGACGAACUCCUCGCGCAUGACGCGGAAACGCCGAGCGAGCAGCAGGCGCAGGCCACGCUCAGCACGAUCAGAGAGGCCCUCGCCGAUCUGGUCGAGGGCGUCCCGGGGAGCUCGGACCGCGCCCGCGACGCGUCGCAAACUUCCGAGGAGGAGCCGCCGCCGAGCGAGCGGGACGAGGCCGAGCGCGGGGACCCGUCGUCGGAUCGAGACCGGCUCGUGACCGACGAUCUCGGGGCGGUCGAGGACGACGGCACGCCGCCGCCUGCGCGCCUCGAAGGCGACACCCUCGUGCUCGAGGGCGGCCCGUCCGAGGUGCCGAUCCGAGUGACGCUCGAAGGCGCCGCGCGGGACCUCUAUGCUUCCCUGAGCGACCGCGAAUUCGCCGUCGUCAUCCUCGCCUCGAUCAUCGCGUCCGCCCUGCGCGCCGACGCGCCGACGCCCGACCCGCGCGCGGUGACCGUCGCGCUCAUCACCGUGCCGGCGGACGAAGAGGUCGCCAAGUGCAUCGGCACGAGAUUCCUCGGCCUCGUCGAGCACGAGACCGGCGUCGACACGGCGGAGGAGCUCACGCGCGUCACGCUCGAUUCCGACGAGCUCUUCGACCACCCCUUCGCCAUCCUCACGGGCGACGGCGCCUUCGAGCUCACCGACGAGCAGGCCGAGCGCCUCGGGCGGUACGCCGCGCGGGGCGGGUUCCUCCUCGUCUCCGCGAGCUGCUCGAACAGUGCGUUCAACGCCUCCAUGGAGCGCGCCAUCGCCCGCGCCUUCCCGGCGCGCACCCUCGAGAAGAUCCCGCUCGAGCACGAGCUGUUCCGCACGCUCUUCGAGGUCCGCUCCAUCCGCUCCAAGCGUCCCCGCGACACCCCCGUCUUUCGCGGGCUCUCGAUCGACGGCCGCCUCGCCCUGCUCUACUCCCCCGCCGGGCUCAACGACACCGCCAACGCCGCGCCCGGGUGCUGCUGCUGCGGGUCGAACGAGAUCCUGAACGCGAGCUUCAUCAACGCCAACGCGCUGGUGUACGCCCUGACGCACUGA